AUGCGUUACUUUGCUAUUGCAUUCUUGUUCCUCAACACAAUUUCGGCUUUUGUCUUGGCUCCCAAAAAGCCAUCUCAAGAUGAUUUCUAUACUCCACCACAAGGUUAUGAAGCUCAACCAGUUGGUUCUAUUUUGAGGACAAGAAAUGUCCCAAAUCCAUUAACAAGUGUUGUCACUCCAGUCAAAGUUCAAAACUCUUGGCAAUUAUUGGUUAGAUCCGAAGAUUCAUUCGGUAAUCCAAACGCUAUUGUGACCACAAUUAUUCAACCAUUCAAUGCUAAAAAGGAUAAACUUGUUUCGUAUCAAACUUUUGAAGAUUCGGGUAAGUUGGAUUGUGCUCCAUCAUAUGCCAUUCAAUAUGGAUCAGAUAUUUCUACAUUGACUACACAAGGUGAAAUGUACUAUAUUUCUGCUUUGUUAGAUCAAGGUUAUUAUGUUGUCACUCCUGAUUACGAAGGUCCAAAGAGUACAUUCACUGUUGGAUUACAAUCGGGAAGAGCUACAUUAAACUCACUUAGAGCUACUUUGGAAUCAGGAAACUUGACAGGAAUUGAUGCAAAUGCUGAAACCUUAUUGUGGGGUUAUUCAGGAGGAAGUCUUGCUUCGGGAUGGGCUGCUGCUAUACAAAAUGAAUAUGCACCAGAAUUGAGUAAAAAUUUGCUUGGUGCUGCUCUUGGAGGAUUUGUGACAAACAUUACUGCUACUGCUGAGGCUGUUGAUAGCGGUCCAUUUGCUGGUAUCAUCUCCAACGCAUUAGCUGGUAUAGGAAAUGAAUAUCCUGAUUUCAAAAGCUAUCUUUUGAAAAAAGUUUCACCAUUGCUUUCAAUUACUUAUCGAUUGGGAAACACCCAUUGUUUACUUGAUGGUGUCAUUGCCUACUUUGGUAAAUCAUUCUUUUCCAGAGCCAUUCGAUACUUCCCUGAUGGAUGGAGUCUCGUUAAUCAAGAACCAAUUAAAACUAUUUUGGAAGACAAUGGAUUAGUUUAUCAACCAAAAGACUUGACUCCCCAAAUCCCAUUAUUUAUCUACCAUGGCUCAUUAGAUGGAAUCGUCCCCAUUGUCAAUUCAAGAAAAACAUUCCAACAAUGGUGUGACUGGGGCCUUAAAUCAGGUGAAUACAAUGAGGAUUUAACCAAUGGUCACAUUACAGAAUCAAUUGUUGGUGCACCAGCUGCAUUGACUUGGAUAAUCAACCGUUUCAACGGUCAAGCUCCUGUUGAUGGAUGCCAACACAAUGUUAGAAAAUCAAACUUGGAAUACCCAAAUACACCAGAAUCAAUUAAAAACUACUUUGAAGCUGCAUUGCAUUCAAUCUUUGGAUUUGAUUUGGGCCCUGAUGUUACUCAAGAUAAGAUUAGUUUGGGUGGAUUGCUUAAGUUGGAACGUUUUGCUUGA